CCUCACUGACCUCACAGACCUCACUGACUGGACUCAGAUGUUGAGCCCCAACACUUUCAAAGUUACAGUAAAACAAACCACAUAUGAAUAGAACUGCACCAAACCACACCAAUAAACUGCACAUAAUCUAAACUGCACAUAUAAAAUAUUGCACACACCCUGCUGUUAAAAGCAUCCUGUAACUAUUGAACAGUCCCUGCAGCUGGACGCAGCGUUGUUGAAAAGUCUUAUAGGCGCUGUGUAUCAUAUCUGCCGUUGAAUCUGUCCUGCAGGGAACUCUGCGGGCCUCCUCCAAGCUGCACGACCAGCUCUUCCACAAGAUCCUCCGCUGCCCCAUGAAGUUCUUCGACAUCACUCCCACCGCACAAAUCCUCAACUGCUUCUCUAAGGACAUGGACGAAGUCGACACCCGUCUGCCCUUCCAGGCCGAGAUGUUCAUCCAAAACCUCAUCCUGGUCUUCUUCUGUCUCGGUGUCAUCAGCUGCAUCUUCCCGUGGUUCCUGGCGGCGGUGGGUCCCCUGGUGUUGCUGUUUGCAGCGCUUCACAGUGUCUCUCGGGUUUUCAUCCGGGAGCUGAAGCGGCUAGACAGUGUGACCAUGUCGCCCUUCAUGUCCCAUAUCACCUCCAGCAUCCAGGGCCUGGCCACGCUGCAGGCCUUUGACCGCGGAGCCGACUUCCUCCACAGGUACCAGGUUCUGCUGGACCAGAACCAGGCUCCAUUCUACCUCUUCAGCUGUGCCACGCGCUGGCUGGCGGUGCGUCUGGAUGUCAUCAGCGUGGCUCUGAUCAGUGUCACCGCCCUCAUGAUGGUCCUGAUGCACGGGCAGAUCCCUCCCGCCUACGCCGGCCUCGCCAUCUCCUAUGCUGUCCAGUUAACAGGGUUGUUCCAGUUCACGGUCCGCCUGGCCUCUGAGACCGAAGCUCGCUUCACCUCGGUCGAGAGGAUUCAUCACUACAUCCAG